AGUUAUUGUGUUUGUUGAAAAUAAAAAAAUUUGUUCUCGAAAUAAUUAAAAAAAAAAAAAUCAUUGAAGUAAAUUAUUCACGAUAUUGAUCGGAUUAUGUAAUUAUUUCAGUAAAACAUUUUAAUUUUCACAUCUUUUUGCCUUUUAAUAAAAUACAUUAAAGUUGUAUCUACACGAUGUAUUAAAUUUGUUAGUAGUGUUGAAAAUUCAAAAUGAGUGAGGAAGUGAAUUUCGUUGAUAUCCUAGAGCCGAGAAGGACUGAAUCCGACACUUUUCGCUACAUGACUCGUAGGUGGGACCCUGUAAAAACUAUGGCCUUAGAUAAAAUCUAUUCGCCUGAAGAUCUUAAAGAUUUUGUGGCAAAAUCGGUUUAUUUAGACAAUUUUAUAGAUGCUGAGAGCACCAGGACAGGUAUUAGCAAAACAGAAUUGCACAAAGAAGUAUUGAAUUACCUUGAAGAAAUGGGACUAGAUAAAAAAUUACAUGUCAUAAGAUGGAUGGGUGUCUUCUUCCUUAAAAUUUCAUUCAUGAUGAAGAUCAAACUAUUUGUCAAUGAACCAAAAGUGCUCCAGCUAAAAUUGACCAUGGGAAGAAAUCCUGUGUUGUUUCUUCCAACACAUCGCAGUUAUGCUGACUUUUGUCUUAUGACCUAUCUGUGUUGUCAUUACGAUAUUGACUUUCCUGCUGUUGCUGCCGGAAUGGAUUUUUACUCAAUGGCCAUUGUGGGACGACGUAUGCGUGAAACGGGCGCUUUCUAUAUCAGGCGAACUUUAGUGGGUUCACCUCUGUAUGCGGCAACAUUGAGAGAGUAUGUACGGAUUGUAGUAGCCAAAUACUCAUCUCCCAUUGAAUUCUUCCUUGAAGGCACAAGAAGCCGAAGCAAUAAGAGCUUACCUCCAAAAUACGGUAUGCUUUCAAUGAGCCUGAUGCCGUACUUCGCUAGAGAAGUUAGCGACAUUACCAUAGUGCCCGUGAACAUCAGCUACGACAGGCUCAUGGAGCAGGGACUGUUCGCGUACGAACAUCUCGGCGUGCCUAAACCCAAGGAAUCCACUGGAGGUCUCUUGAAAUCACUACGCAGCCUGAACGAUCACUUCGGCAACAUAUACAUCAACCUCGGCUCGCCGCUGUCCUUAAGAGGGUACUUGCAAGACAAAACGAGAGCCACCGAGGAAAUAAUGAAACCGAACGAUCUCCAGCAAAUUACGCCGGAACAGUUCAGGCAGGUCCAGGACGUGGCGGAGCACGUUAUAAGCCUGCAGCAACAGAACACGGCGGUCACGAUAACCAAUCUAGUGGCUAUAGUGCUCAUGCAGAGCCUGGUGCGAGACGAGCCGCUGUCCCUCGAUGGAGUCGUCGAUGAAGUGGUCUGGGUGGUCGGGCUGUUAGGAAAGCUGGGCGCUUCGGUGUUCGAGAAUGACGUCAGAGGCAGCGUCGACAGGAUCCUCGUGGUCCACAAUAAGCUGCUGCGUGUCGAUUCGAAACGAAAAUUGAGACUGUUGUCGGAGACUUUGAUGAACGUGUCCAGCGAGGUCAAGAAAAAAAUGAAAGGACACACUCUGGAAGCCGACACCAUGGCCCUGGCCAUACCGGUGAUACAGCUGCAACUCUACGUCAACCCAGUAAUGCACUAUCUGUUUCCACCGGCUCUGGUGUACCUCAUCGCCUCUAGAGGGGUAGACAGAGAUAUGUUGGUAACAGAUUACAAUCGCCUCAGGAGACUCUUUCGGAACGAAUAUUUUUACGUAGAAAAAAAUGAAAAAAAGAUUUUAAAAGAAGCAAUAGAGUACUGCACGGCAAACGACAUCCUGAUCUUCAACGGGGACAAAUACAGUUGCGGGUCGGAUGAGAAGUUGCAGAGGUUGCUGAAGUGGUCCGCGUGGCCGGCGCUCACCGUCGCCAUUAAAUGCGCUGAAAUUAUGACGGAGCAAACGACCUGCACACACAAAGUAGCGCUGAAGCUGAUACAGCAGCGGGUGGAGUCCCAGCGCUGCCACCCGUACUGCCUCAGUCUGGAGGCCGCGGCCGGCUGUCUGCGCGGGCUGCUCGCGGUCGGAGCGCUGCACAAACAAAAAGAUGCAGACGAAACGUACACCGUGGUGCCGGACAAAAUGAACGAGUACCACGUCCUUUUAAGUUUAGUCACUCCGCGUUUUAACGUGGACUGGAGCAGAAACAACACUGUGAUAUUAGACCAGAGAACCUCGUCUAGACUGUGAAGUAUUCAAGUUUCACUUUGCCGAUAUUCGCGAUUCUUUGUAAUCGAUUACACUGGUGGUAGGACCUCUUGUGAGUCCGCACGGGUAGGUACCACCACCCCGCCUAUUUCUGCCGUGAAGCAGUAAUGCGUUUCGGUUUGAAGGGUG